GUCAAGUCAAACAACCAAAACCUUCAUAAACUUCCCUAAUCGCACUCUGAAAUCCCCGACCAAAUCUCAAACUCCGAUCACCCAAAUCGACCCAAUUCCCGACCACCCAAUGGCCCAAAACCCAAGACCCAGAAGCAUUCUCGAAACUCUCGGCGAAGAACUCGUCAGAAUCAUCACCCCUGUCUCCAUCUGCAUGUUGCUCGUGGUCAUAUUGGUCUCGGUUUUAAGCUCCGAUUCAUCUUCAACCGUCACCGUUAAUUCCAUUGCUAACAUUGCUUACACGGAGACCACCUCGGACUCCACCUGGGACAAAUUCGUAGGUGCCCUUCUGAACUCUCUUGUGUUUGUGGCUGUGGUCACUCUGGUCACUUUUGUUUUGGUCCUUCUGUUCUAUCUUAGAUGCACUAAGUUCUUGAAAGCCUACAUGGGCUUCUCUUCGUUUAUUGUGUUGGGCUUUAUGGGCGGCGAGAUUGCUUUGUUUUUGAUUGAGGAUUUUAGUGUUCCGAUUGAUUGUGUCACGUUUUUGGUGGUGUUGUUCAAUUUUGCUGUCGUGGGUGUGUUGGCUGUGUUCAUGUCGAAAAUGCCGAUACUUGUGACUCAAGGCUAUUUGGUUGUGAUUGGGAUGCUGGUUGCGUAUUGGUUUACGUUGCUGCCUGAGUGGACUACUUGGGUGCUGUUGGUGGCCAUGGCAUUGUAUGAUCUCGCCGCGGUUUUGCUGCCUGUCGGGCCGCUGAGGCUGUUGGUGGAGCUAGCAAUUUCAAGAGACGAAGAAAUUCCAGCUUUGGUUUAUGAGGCCCGGCCUGUGGUGGCUUCCCAGGAUCCGAGGGGAGGUGUGGGUCAGAGGAGGGUUUGGAGAGAGAGGAGGAACGAGAGUGAGAGUAAUGGAAAUGUUGGUUCUGGUUUGGGCGAGAAUGGGAGUACCGGGUUGGGUGAUAAUGUGACUGCUAAUGUUGAAUUUGGUAACAGGAAUGAUUUGAGUUUGGUUAGGGUUGAAGAGGGGAGGGUUCCGGAUAGGGGUGAGCUUUCUGCGCCAUUACUAGAGCACAUAACAAGUGUUCAGCAGCGUGGGCAGGGUGAUGAUGUGUCGGUUGACAGUAUGUUGCUGGAGGGUAUUGGAUUGGGAUCUUCUGGUUCAAUCAAGUUGGGAUUGGGAGACUUCAUAUUCUAUAGUGUUUUAGUUGGGAGGGCGGCGAUGUAUGAUUUUAUGACAGUGUAUGCUUGUUAUCUCGCCAUUAUAGGCGGUCUGGGAGUUACUUUGAUACUGCUGGCUUUGUAUCAGAAAGCUUUGCCAGCUCUUCCUGUGUCAAUAAUGCUGGGUGUACUGUUUUAUGUACUGACCCGGCUUUUGCUUGAAGUCUUUGUUGUACAGUGUUCUUUGAAUCUCAUUAUGUUUUAGAUAUAUGAAUUGGGUUGUAGAAGCUUGACGAGCAGCUGCUGAAAGCAUGAGAGUAUGCUGUAAUCUGUAUGAUAGUAUUGAUUUGUUGCCACUCGAAUGUUUUUCCACAAAGUGGUUGCAUGUUCAGAAUCUACAUUGUUUAGUAAAGUUGGUUUGAGAUGCAUUAGAUUUUGGUUUCUAGAUCUUCACACUUGGAUAUCAAAGAAAUAAUGAGGUACUGGAAGAUGGUCACUAUGCACAUUGGGAGGAGGAUCGAAGUUCAAACUGUAGUCCAAAGGUCUUUCCUUAACUCCUUAGAUAGAUAGUUGUAAGCCUCAUGCUGCUCGAGUUACAAAAAGCAAGUAUACAAGGCCUGUUGUUGCCGGUGCUUCACUUCCAAAGGUGAUGCGCUUUUGUAGAGUUGAUUAUUCAGCUAGCUUCAGAAUGUAUUGCAUAUUCAUUGUCUCUGUAUCCAUCUUAUGUAUACUCAGUGUUGUAUUUGGCAAAAACAUUGAUGCUAGGUGAUUUCCAAUUGAAAACGUAGAUAAUUUAGUGUUCAAUCUUGA